CGCCCGCCGCAGGCCGAGGGCCAGUCACCCGCCUGCCGGCAUCCCGCUGCCCGCUUGCCGCCCCGCCCCGCCGGGCCCCGCCGCGGGACGGGUAACGGUUACGAAGCACUUUCCCCGCCGCGGUUUCUGCUUAGUCAUUGUCUUCCAGGAAGCGGCUGUCUCAGUUGGUAGGCAGCUCUCCCGCGGCGACAGGAGCAGGAGCCGCAGCCACAGCGCGUCUUUCCCGGGUCGCCGGGCCACCGCUCCCGCGCCGGCCGGCCUCCCUCGGGCCCGAGCGCAGGCCAAGGUCCCGCCGCGCGGGGCGGGCAGCCUUGCGCUUGGCUCUCCAGCCUCGGGCACCGCAUCCUGCUGGGCGGCCUCCGUCGGACGCUGCCAUGGGCACCGACAGCCGCGCGGCCGGGGCGCUCCUGGCGCGGGCCCGCACCCUGCACCUGCAGACGGGAAACCUGCUGAACUGGGGCCGCCUGCGGAAGAAGUGCCCGUCCACGCACAGCGAGGAGCUUCGAGAUUGUAUCCAAAAGACCUUGAAUGAGUGGAGUUCCCAAAUCAGCUCUGAUUUGAUCAGGGAGUUUCCAGAUGUCUUGGAAUGUACUGUAUCUCAUGCAGUAGAAAAGAUAAAUCCUGAUGAAAGAGAAGAAAUGAAGGUUUCUGCAAAACUGUUCAUUGUAGAAUCAAAUUCUUCAUCAUCAACUAGAAAUGCCGUUGAUAUGGCCUGUUCAGUCCUUGGAAUUGCACAACUGGAUUCUGUGAUCAUUGCUUCACCUCCUAUUGAAGAUGGAGUUAAUCUUUCCUUGGAGCAUUUGCAGCCUUAUUGGGAGGAAUUAGAAAACUUAGUUCAGAGCAAAAAGAUUAUUGCAAUAGGUACCUCUGAUCUAGACAAGACGCAGUUGGAACAGCUAUAUCGGUGGGCACAGGUAAAACCAAAUAGUAACCAAGUUAAUCUUGCCUCCUGCUGUGUGAUGCCACCAGAUUUGACUGCAUUUGCUAAACGAUUUGACAUACAGCUAUUGACUCAUAAUGAUCCAAAAGAACUGCUUUCUGAAGCAAGUUUCCAAGCAGCUCUUCAGGAAAGCAUCCCUGACAUUCAAGCACAUGAGUGGGUACCACUGUGGCUACUGCGCUAUUCGGUCAUUGUUAAAAGUAGAGGAAUUAUCAAAUCUAAAGGCUACAUCUUACAAGCUAAAAGAAGGGGUUCUUAAUUAUGACUUGGGAUCAUAACCUACUGACUUGUAUUUUCCUUGAAUCUAAGAUACAAUGGCAAUGUGAAAAAAUCUAAUUACUGCCCGUAAAUGGUGUCAUUGAGGCAGAUACUCUUUAGUUAUAUUUGACAAUAUCUUAUCUGUCAAGUUUUGAAUACUUCUCUUGCCUCCUUAUCAGUUCAUUCAUAUGAACCACUGUAUAUUGUGUUCAUUAAACUAUUGUUUAUUAAUUGAAUGAUCUAUAAAGAAAAUACUUGCAAUAUAUUUUUCCUUUAUUUUUAUGACUAAUAGAAAUCAAGAAAAUUUGUUGUUAGAUAUAUUUUGACCUAGGCAGCAGGGUAAUUUAUAUACGUAUUUUUUGUUUACAAAAAAUUCAUUAAUUGCUUCUUACUCUAUAGUAUAACUAAACAAUUGCAAUUGUUAAAACUAAAAUGCUGCAAGACAUUUUUCCUGUCUUUGGUAAGAUGAUUAUAUUUCAGAGCAACUGGAGCAGCUGGGAUCUACUAGUAGUAUAAAUAAAAUUCAUUUCUUCAAUACAUGAAUAGAAACUUAAAAUUGUUUUUGUCCUUGCUUGUAGUUUACCUAUAGCAAUUGAACCUUGUAUUCUUGUGCCAUAUUUUCUUUUCUUGUUAUUUACAAAGACAAAACAAAGUAAAUUUAGCCCCCUUUUCAGGGGGCUAAAAGCUUUGAAAUUAUUGUUGGGGGUUUUAUAAAAUCAACUGUUAGCACCUCCAGAUUCUUAAUUCUUGAUCCAUCCCUAAUAUUUUGCUACUCAUUCAAGAAUAUUCAAUAAGUACUGAGUACUUACCAUGUGCUGGGCACUGUGGGUUCUGGAGAGGAAGGGGCACAGGGAUUAAGAAUCAGCUGAGUAGAAUAUGUGAAAUUUAUUCCCUACUAAUAACUACAGGGGACUAAAAGCCAGAAAAGGGAGUGAAAAAAAACUAAUCCAAGGCCAGCAUUGUCUAUUUAGACAACUUUGAGACAUGGUCUUAACUAUUUAAAAGCAAAAUAACAUUAUCAAAAAUUUAAAGCUAGAAGAGACUAUAGGUCAUUUAGUAUAAUUCCUCAUUAGUUUAAGAACCAGAAAAUAGCAAAUAACUAAGCUGUGACCUUUGAUAUAUGCUGUAGGUCUCCUUAAUUCUAUAAAUUUGUAUCUAACCCAAAUUUUAAAAAUUCUUCAAAAAUCUCUUGUAUCUCAAUCAAUACUUGUAAACCAUGUAUUUUAAUACAUGGCUUAUAAAAUUAAACUAAUUAUAUAUAUAUAAUCUAAUAUAUAAAACUAAAUUUGCCCUAGUUUUUCAACAUAGGGAAAAAGAUGUUUCAUAUUCAAAGUAAAUAUGCUCGGCUCUUUACCUAUCCUAAACAAAGUUUGGUGGUUUACUAGUUGAAUAAUUUGAACAUUAGAAUUGUAAUGUGAAAUCAGCUGACUUACCUGCUAGAACUUUGGACUUUAAGUUUCCUAAAGCCUUAUUUAUGUAGCCUUUAUAUGAAUUGCAUGUGAUAUAAUCAGUGUAUAUAAUUAACAUUUUUAUUUGGAAAUGUAUAACAUUUUCAUGUCUUUAAGCAAAUGCUUAUUUUAAUUUAAGCCUAUACAGUGAAUUGGUCAAAACAUUUUAAAAGGGAGCUUUAAUAUCACAUUUAUUGUUUCUUUAAAACCAUAGCCUUACAAAAUGGAUUAUCUGAAGGGUUAUUUUUAAAAUGGAAAAAAAAAACUUGUGUUGCUAAUGUAUCCAAACUUGAGAGGAGUUCUUGUGUUCUUUUUUUCCCACAUUUUUGACAACAAAGCAAGAUUACAGAUUCAUUCUGUGAAGGGGAUCAUGUAUGGAAUUUUUAAAUGAGUUUUUGUUUGUUUCAUUUCUGUACCUCUAAUAUCUGUUGUUGAAUAACCUUUUUUAAAAAAACUGAUUUUUAAAGGCUUUGUAAUUUUUCAAGCUGAUGUUCACAUCUUUUUUGUGUGUGAACUAUUAGAAUAUAGUGAAUACCAUUCAAAUAUUUAAGGAGUUAAAUGCUUAAAAAGCCAUAAAGAGCAGUAAUACUACUAAAUAAUUGCUUAAAGCUAAUUGCUAAGUUAUCAAUACUGUAUAUAAUAGAUAUGUUUUCUGGGGAGAUGUGUAUCGAAGUGACCCAAGGUAGAAAGAAUUUAUAUAAUUGUUUUUAUCCAGUAAACAUGAAAAACUGCAGCAUUUAUUACAUUUCCAAAAUACACUGGAGCCUUAUUUUAACACAAUGUACUGUAACUUGGAAUUUGUUCUGUGAUGAAUCUUGAAUUCCCAUCCAAGAAACUUCAGUCACCAGAAGGACCAAGGUGUCUUAUAAAGUACAUUCACAUGGUGUAAAUUCUGAAGGCCACAUUGUGCCAGUAUGCCGGUAAAGUAUCCACUUAGGAAUGGCCAGUGCUAGAACUUGAAUCACAAUUACUACUAAUGAUUUUUAUGUUCUCAAAAAAGGCCAUUUACACAGCACUGUCUGAAAUAGAAAACAAAGUUGUUCUAUUUUGAAUGAAUGGUUUAGACUUUUCCUAACAGAGCCAAGUAGUAACUGAAAUAGGCUCUCAAUUUUCAGUAAAAAAGAUCAAGCCUCAUUUAAUUACAUUUCAUUUUAGAACCGAUUAUCUUUCUCACCCAAGCAUUUUCAAUAUUUGAAAACGUGAUUGAUAUAUUUGUUGUAUGUUGGCUGACAACUCAUCUUUCUGCCAGUUUUAUAGUUAAAAUUUGAAGUUGUUUUAAUGAGAAUUUAAAUUAUUUGUGUUUCAUACUCAAAUACCAACUUAUGAUUCUGAACCUAUUUUCUUAAACUUCCUAACAUACCAGAACUUGUACCUGUCAUUUUCCCACAAAGUUGAUGAUGAGAUAUGUCCAUUUUACUGUUUAAAAAUAUAUAACAUAAUUUUCAUUAAUACUUUUUAGUUUUCAGAAUUAGAAAUAAACUUUGGAGGGGAAAAUAUUUUAAUUAGAUAAUUCUAAUUUUAUGGUGUACUAUAAAAUAUACAGGCAAAAUAUAAAGCAUUAUUAAAUAUUUAUAACAGUUUUUAAUUUUACCUAUAUUAUAUUAUGAAUUGCCUAAUUAAAAUAAAGUGUGAGUUGUAUAUUUUUUAAUUGAAUAGUUUCAAUAGUUGGAAGUAUCCUGGAACAUUAUAUUGAUUUUGAACUAUUUGAAUCCAAACUAGUAUGAUUUGAAAAUAAAUUAUGAGUAAUUUUUAAAUGUGCAAGCCAUAAAGCUAUUCAUUCAUGCACUCAUUCAACAAAGAUUUAUCAACUGCCUACUAUGUGCAGGCACUGUGCAGGGUGUUAGGAGAUAGACACAGGAAUGAGAAAAACAGUCCCUAUCUUCAAGGAGCAUAUAGUAUAUUUGUCGGGGGAGAGAGAUCUGUACAUGAACAACAGCAAUAAAAGGCUACAUCUGUUAAUGAUAGAAAUGGUGAAAGGGAAUGGGGGCAUAUGGAAGGAAGUGGAGUUGGCAGUAUCUAUUUCACAGAGGCUCCCCUUAAUAAAUUAGCCUUAGAUUAGGAUCAGAGGAUAAGGUGUGGGUGGGCAUUCUGGGUAGAGGCUCGUGUUUGCCUGGUUUGUAAAUAAUGCUUUUAUUAAAUGAUGAACAGUUUAUAUGUAAACUUUAGAAGCUCAGUGAAAACACUUUCUUCAAGAACUUGUUUCUUUUCAGAAAGGAAUAGCUUCUGUUCAGACACGAGUUGUUUUAUAAAAGACUAAAAUUUGUCCAAAUACCCCAAGUAUACCAGAGUGUAGCUGUAUGAAGUUUCACUACCAGAAAAGUUAAACAAAACUUUAAUAUGUAUCUCAGCGAUGAAUAAAUUAUGAAAUAUCAUACAAGA